AUGUCGCACGCCUGGCUGGACUCGUUGACCGAGGACUGGGUGUCGGAGCGUGGCUCCUCGCCCGCGCCGCUCCCCCUCGUCAGAUCGGCCAAGAAGAGCACGACGUCGUCGCCGUCGCCAAAGCUCACACCGAGUCGCAUACCGCGUUGGAGGCAUCCUGGCGUAGUACCGCGGGCGAAGCAGAAUAAGAGCAUGACCAUUUUGGAGGGCGACCGCAGCUCCGACGAAAACGGCAAAUCCCCCAAGAAGCGUCUCCUGAAGUUUGUAAAGGAAGGCAAACCGUCGCACAAAGGCUAUCUUGGACGGCGCUCAGUCUCCCCAGGCACAACCGGCUCCGUCAUUGUGCAUAAGAAUGCCGGAAAGAAAACGCCUGCCACGCCAGGGAAAUCCGACACACCGGAAUGGAAGCGGCGAUUGGUACACGGCAAGCUUCCAUACGGGGAGCAGCGCGACUUGUUUAGUUCGGCGGCUGUUGGCUUGCAGGACAUGUUCAAACCGCCACCGUCAAGCGAAGCCGGCCUCGACUCUCCGUCACCGAAUCUCGAUUCGCCAUCCCCCAAUCUCGACUCUCCUCCGCCAGUGCCGAAGCAGCCGACGAUUGUCUUGGAAUCAACAGAAGAGCUUAAUGCUGAUGAGGAGCAUGGCAUCUUUUCGUCGAGCCAGAUCACACCGAGCCCAAGCCCCAGGAGGCCAUUACGGGAUGUGAAAUACAAGCUCAACGUUGAGGAGGAUCCCUCGGAUCUAUCCAUUAUGAGCAACGAUAAAAAAGCUGAGCAAGAGGAAGAAGAUACCCAAGACGAUAGUUAUCUCGCCAUUCCAUCCUUGAUUGAUGGCGGAUCCAGAAAAGGGAGCGGUCAAAGCUACACGAAAAACGAAGACUUCAGCCCCAUCUUGAUUGGUAAGCGCAGUGAUGAGGACGGAAAAGUCGAAUUUGCGCCACUUGAAAUGCCUACAGAAGAAUUGCGACAAAAGCUUGAGAGACUACAGCUCAAUCAGAUGAUUCUAGAUCCCUCGCACAAUGCUUCCGACAGUGCAGUGGAAGCGAAACACACGCAAGACGAAGAAGACGAUGAAUCCUCGCUUAAAUACCAUUUCGAUACCUCUCAUGGGAGCGAUGAGUCGGCUGAGGGUUCUCUGCGACGCCAUUCUUUGAGUCCUGAUUUGGGCGUGGAUUGGUCGGAAAUGCUGGGCGAGGAUUCACUGCAAGCCAGCACGCCCAAGCAGUUUCCGUCUCUGCGAACCAGUUCAAACCUGUUUGGCUCGUUUUUCGGUACUCCCAGUCUGCCUCAGGCGCCAUUUCCAAGCCCUGAUAAAAAGCAAAUCCGCGAUCCUGGCAACCGAUCCAACUCGAGCCCCUUGAAACUCUUUGGUCCAUAUGACACAUUUACCAAUCAGACCUUACUCCGGCGUAUCAGUCAAUUCGAAGAGGACAUGUCUGGUAGAAACUCACGAGACUCAUCGCCUCCCACACCUUCCAGCAGGAAAUCCAGUCAGGAUCACGGCAAGAAACGACUUGUCAGUCAUUUUGGGGCUGGUGAGUUGGAAGGGUUCGAAUUCACAAGCGAAUUGUCUCACUCGCCCGCUCAACAUUCCAACCUCCUUUCUAAGGAGAACAAGUCGCCAGUAAACCCUCCCUUGGCGGCCAAGGGAGCCUUAAAACUUGUUCCUCCACAAACCUUUUUCCCUGAAGAUAAUUCGUUGUAUGUUCGCAGGAGCCGUGGCCAGAACAAAUCCCAAACUCCCUCGAUCAACACCGGUGCCGGAUACGAUUACAUGUCUAGUUCGCCUGAGAGUUCCCUCACCCCCCAGGAUGAGGCCUACGAUCAGUCCUGGGUCGAAAAGCGAGAUUAUGGAUCCGAAUCCAAACGACCCAGAGCGUCUCCUUCCAAGCACCCGACACCAAAGCGCCGCCGGACACUCCACCGAUCCGAUGUUGCAUUUGGCAAUGAGCAUGGGAAAGCGAUUGGAUCCUCAAAGUAUGAAAAGCGACUCCGCGGGUUGGCCAAACAACGAAAGCGCUCUCUGUCCGAGUACUCGGAUUCUGCCGAUGAUCAAGAAUCGGAGCAUGAGUCUAUGCGCCAGUCCCCUUCUCCCUCUCCCACUUCGAGGUCGUUACAAGAUGAUGUUUUCCAAGGCAAGGCGCGUCGAUCAACUAGAUCGAUUCAAGAAGAAGCUGAGCCGGAUGCAACUGGUAAAGCCGCCGAACGCAAGCCGUCUAUACGAACGCAGGAUUUUGUAGACCAGGCUGCUCAGAUCAUGGCCAUGAUCCGCAGCCAGGUUAGCCAGCCGGGGCUGUCAAGCCUAGAAGAAUCUGAAUUGGAAAUUAAAGUGCCAUCGCAUAAUGCGACAAUGGAGGAAUCCGAUGGAUCCACGGCCGAGCCAUUCUCCCGACCGCCUAGUCGAGAUGGAAAGCCAAUUCCCAGACAGGCGCGACAACAGGAGGACCCAGAAGUUGUAAAACGGCUCAAGAAGUACCAGGAGCUCAGCGAUAUGGGCGAUGUAAUCUCUUCGUCAGUGAGAUCUAUGAGCCUUGCAAAAGACGCAAUCCGCGCUGCAAAGGAGGUUGAACGCAUGGUUGACCGAGCCAGCCGUGUUCGGACCAGUGGUGGUGGUGGUGGUGGAUCAAAUUCUGAGUCGGCAAGCGAAACGACGAGCCCAGUCCAUGACUUGUUUUCCAGCACCUCUGCUCGCUCUACCAGCCAUCUCUUUCCCACCUCUUCGUCCAGAGGCUCUGAAUCGCGUAAAAUCAUUGCUCCUGAGAGCGUUUCGCAUCUGAUCCCAGACAAGAUAGGCGGCAUGUAUUUGGAUAAACAGAACAAUAUUUGGAUAAGAAACAAGGAGUCGAAGAGCUCCUUAACGUCCCAUGCCUCAGGAUCUGACGACAGCGAGGAAGAUCCAUUUGCAAACAUUCCUGAUUUGUCCGUUGAUAUGACGGAAGAGAUGCAGCACCUGAAGCAAACUCCUCGGGGCCACGAUGGUGUGGCAAGUAACAAGGACAGUACCUCUCGCCCGAACUCGGCGCAAACACAUUCACUCAAGAGCUAUACAACCCUGGCGGCCUAUGAGCCUCUUGACCCCGAAGUAGCCGAGAGGGCUAGGGGGGAGAUUGAGAAACUCGAUGCUCAACCCGGAGACGGCUCCAAAGGUGCAGAGGAAGCCGGCAACGGUCUGCACGUUCUUAAGGCCAAGACAAGUAGUGAUGGGCUGUCCUCGAAGCGUCGUAACAUAACGAUAUCAUUCACAUCGCCCAUUGCCUCGAUUAUCCUCGGCGUGCUACCUGAGGAUAUAGAGGGCCUGGAGGACGAUCCAGUGCCAGGUGAAUCAUCCGAAUCACCCCCGCUUCUCGCAGCUCAGUUUAGCGGCGCUAAAGGCAUUUCGCAAGGCUCUCUGCGAGCAAUUCGUGCCGCGUCGAUAUCUGGGUCCAAGUUUACGCCUAGGCCAAUCUCACGAAUAGAAGAGCGGGAUGAGGAGAGCACCGUAGACCGAUCUCAGGACCAGAACGAGCGUCAAGUCAGCUAUCUUGGCGACAAUUCGAUGUUGAGCCUCAAGUCGCUGGAAGGGGGUUCGGGCCUUGGAUUCCUUACGACGACUCACACCCCAGCACACCGUGUCACCCCAUUGAGGGCAGAUGACAGUCUACUGAUUGGCCGAAACGUGGGAAAGCUCUCGCUAACUCCACUCUCGGAAUUUACUGUGAACCACGACGACAAGUCGUUUGGGCUUGAAGUCAGCUAUGUCAUGGGACAUAAGCGAAUGGCAACAGGCGAUGGCUCGAAGAAGGUGCUAUCCAUGACGAUACGAGACCUUGUGGAAAAGCUCUCCGAGGCAGAGCCCAACGAGCCGUACUGGGACGAUAUGACGUCUCUCACUCUCCAGGACAAGCAGCUAACCAGCCUGCACAUGCUCAACGAGUUUUGCUCCAAAAUCACGACAUUGGAUGUAUCGAAGAACUCGCUGGCGCAUCUCGAGGGUGUGCCCGAAUGUGUACGACAGCUAAAGGUAUCUAACAACAUGCUCACGGAGCUCACCUCGUGGGACCACCUCAUUCAUCUGCAAUACCUUGACAUUUCCAACAACGAAGUUAAGAGCUUAUCGGCGUUGAAGAGACUCAUCCACUUGCGCAGCUUGCGGGCAGACAACAACCUGUUGACAACUCUUGAUGGCUUGGACUCCCACGAUGGCCUACUCACCUUGAGAGCACGCAACAACAUGAUUGAAGAGCUGGAUUUCUCUGGUAUCAGCUGGGAGCGCUUGACAGAACUCGACGUGGGCUCGAACAGGAUUUCGUCGGUCCACGGCCUUCAUCUGCUGCCUGCUCUUUCUCAGCUGGACAUUUCCGACAACCAAUUGGAGACGCUUGUGUUUGACAAGGCCAACAAAACGUUACGGAAGCUUGACAUUAGUGACAAUGAUCUCGAAUUCUUGGACAUUCGACACCUCAGCAGCUUACAAACGCUCCACGCCGAUCGAAACUGUCUCAGCCACCUCUCUGGCUUCCGUCAUGUUCGUCGGUUGGACAGCCUCUCUCUGCGUGAGCAGCGGGGCGAGGUCCCCCUCGAGCUGGAUUUCCUAACAACUGCCUGCGAGAUAAGAAAGCUGUUCUUGUCUGGAAACUACCUGGGAUCAUUCGAGCUAAAGGCGGACUUUCUCAACCUGCAGCUGCUUGAGCUGGCAAACUGCGGGCUGGAGGGGCUACCUGAUGAGUGUGGCCAACUCAUGCCCAACUUGCGAAUAUUGAAUCUCAACUUCAAUGCCCUACGGGAUCUAUCAGCCUUGCGAUUCAUCCCGCGACUGAAGAAGCUGCUUGCGGCUGGGAAUCGGCUUUCGGACACAAUGGCAGUUACGGAGCUCUUGACCGACUUUCCUCAUCUGACGGAAUUGGAUCUACGGGAUAACCCCAUCACUCAGGGCUUCUAUCCUCCGGUGCAGAUGCUCAUCAGCCCGGACAAGAUGGGCAGCGCCGACUCGUUUGUGAUGCCAGAUGCGGACAUGGAGAGAGACGAAACUUUUGCAAGGCGCCUGGAUGAGACUACAAAGCUACGUCGCCGUCUUCACGAGGUGGUUUAUGUUGCUAGCUGCAAGCGCAUUCGCAGAUUGGAUGGCCGGACCAUCAUUCGGGAGAAGUCGUUGGCCAAGGAUGUUUUGCUACAAAGGCUCAUUGAUGACGGGCUUGUACCAGACCUAGAGGACACUUUGGUUGCCGAGUCGGAGUCUGCACAGCAGCGAAAAGAAACGGCGCCAUCACCAUCACUUGGCGCAAAUAGGGGGCUGGCUGGAGAAGCUGGUGGACGAGCGAACCGCAGUCGAUGA